AUGGCGGGAGGGUCAUCGUCUUCGUCGUCGUCAUCGUGGGGCCCGAGCCCCGCGGCGGUGACGGCGCUGGUGGCGCUGCUCGGGCUCGGCGUCGCCGCCUACAUCGUCGGCCCGCCGCUCUACUGGCACGUCGCCGAGGCGCUCGGCCGCUCGCCGGGGGGCUGCCCCGCCUGCGCCUGCGACUGCGACGCGCUCCCGCUGCUCCAGCUCCCGGAAGACUGUGCCAAGCAAUUCAAAGAGGUCAAGAGUCGUGCUUCCGGUGAAGAAACAGAGAAGAGUAUCACAGAGAUGCUGAUAGAAGAGCUAAAGCAGAGAGAGGAGGAGGCAACAGAAGCUCAGCAACAAGCCGAUGUAAAGUUGCUCGAGGCUAAAAAACUAGCUUCGCAGUAUCAAAAGGAGGCUGACAAAUGCAGUUCAGGCAUGGAUACAUGUGAAGAAGCUAGGGAGAAAUCUGCAGAGUCGCUGCUCGGUCAAAGGAAAUUAACUGCUUUGUGGGAGGAAAGGGCUCGGGAACUCGGAUGGAAACCCGGGAAUGACAAACCACACCAGAAUCAGUAA